AUGGCUGCUGGAGACAACAGCGGCAGGCCUCCUUGCCUCAGCUUCGCUGGCCCGGGUCCUUUGGGAAACAGCCAGCCCAGCAAUAGCGUGUUCUCCAUGCCAGCAUCCAACGGCGGAGCGGUCGGUGCGGCCGGGGGAGCGCAGGGAGCGGCGAGGCGUCCCAACCCGCAGCUGGGGCCUGGCGGCGGGGAGGCCAACGGCGUUUCGAACGGAGCUCCGCCGACUGCGCAGAACUCCCUGCAGCAGCCCGCUGCGGCAGCUGCUGCGGCAGCCGGGGCCAUGGCCACCCCGGCGUCCAACAUGGCAACUACCGCAGCGUCCAACGCCUCCCAGGCGGCCGCGCCGACCGCCACCCCGGCCGCCGCGUCCGUGCUGGUGUACCGGGAGCCGGUGUACAACUGGCAGGCGACCAAGAGCACCGUCAAGGAGAGGUUCGCCUUCCUGUUCAAUAACGAGGUGCUCAGUGACGUGCAUUUCUUGGUCGGCAAGGGGAUGGGGGUCCAGAGGAUACCGGCGCACAGGUUUGUUCUGGCUGUGGGCAGCGCGGUGUUUGAUGCCAUGUUCAAUGGGGGCAUGGCCACCACCUCCACGGAGAUCGAGCUGCCCGACGUGGAACCUGCAGCUUUCCUGGCCCUGCUCAAAUUUCUCUACUCUGAUGAGGUCCAGAUUGGACCCGAGACGGUGAUGACAACCCUUUACACAGCUAAGAAGUAUGCAGUCCCGGCCCUGGAGGCUCACUGUGUGGAGUUUCUCAAGAAAAACCUCAGAGCAGACAAUGCUUUCAUGCUGCUCACACAGGCACGAUUAUUCGAUGAACCACAGCUCGCCAGCCUCUGUUUAGAAAACAUUGACAAGAAUACUGGAGAUGCACUCGCUGCAGAAGGCUUCACGGACAUAGAUUUGGAUACUUUGGUUGCGGUGUUGGAGAGGGAUACUCUGGGAGUUCGGGAGGUGCGUUUGUUUGGAGCUGCAGUACGCUGGGCUGAGGCUGAGGCUCACAGGCAGCAGCUGCAGCCCACACCGGAGAACAAACGGAAAGUCCUGGGAAAGGCUCUGACACUCAUCCGCUUCCCGCUUAUGACCAUCGAAGAGUUUGCUGCAGGUCCAGCUCAGUCCAGUAUUCUGACCGACAGAGAGGUGGUGAGCCUCUUCCUUCACUUCACCGUAAACCCAAAGCCUCGCGUGGAUUUCAUCGACCGGCCUCGCUGCUGCCUCCGCGGGAAGGAGUGCAGCAUCACGCGUUUCGGUCUGGUGGAGAGCCGCUGGGGUUACAGCGGGACAAGUGACCGCAUCCGGUUCUCUGUAAACAGAAGGAUAUUUGUGGUUGGAUUUGGACUUUAUGGCUCAAUACACGGACCCACAGACUACCAGGUCAACAUACAGAUUAUUCACACGGACAGUAACACUGUGCUGGGACAGAACGAUACGGGCUUCAGCUGCGACGGCUCAGCAAACACCUUCAGAGUCAUGUUCAAGGAACCAGUGGAAAUCCUCCCCAACGUCAACUACACUGCCUGUGCUACACUUAAGGGUCCGGACUCUCAUUACGGGACAAAGGGAAUGCGAAAGGUAACGCAUGAGUCAUCAUCCACUGGCACAAAGACGUGUUUCACCUUCUGCUACGCAGCGGGAAACAACAACGGCACGUCUGUAGAGGACGGACAGAUCCCCGAGGUCAUCUUCUACACAUAGUCGCCUCAGACACCGCAGCGAUCUUCCAUCAAAUGUGACAACCUGACUCCAGCGCAGGGCCACACCUCACCAGCUGUACUGGGGAUUAAACUUUUCAGACGUCAUACUGUUCCCUCCAUAUAGUGCACUACUGUCGCCCGCAUGGUAAGCCAGGCCGCUGAGAGGCAGCGUAGGCCUUUACAUUGGGCGUAGCUUUUUCGCUUUGAGAUGCUGUCUCGCUCUUUCUCAGCGGGCCUCACUGAUCCCUUUGUGUUGUACUGAUGCCAGCCUGAGACAGAAAUGACUGUAAAGUGACUCCACAAAGGAGAGAGUGGGGGGAGAGAAAGGGGGGGAAGCGGCACCUCAGAUCUAAUCCACAGGAUCAUUGUCAUUGCUGGGGUUUGAAGGCAUAAGGCUUGACACUGAAUUCUUUUGAAGCUGUGCAAUUCCCCUUCUUGUACUCCGCCGCAUUAAUGUAAAGGAGAGUCGCAACUGUAUGAAUGUACAGUUAAACAGAUUUGCCAAGACCAGAUCAUCCUCACCGUUUAGUACAGUGAAAGAGUUUUCUAUCAGUUCCACGUUAGCUGUAAUUUCCAUAGACUGACAGACCUCAUAGGCUUUAUGAAAUCUUGGUGAAUUUCAGCCAAGCUUCAUAUUAAUGUUAAUAUGAUUAUGGUAAGCAAUUUUCGGGUUUCUACAUACAAUACAAUCUGUAAUAUCUUGUGUCCUUGCUUGGUAGUUGCCUAUACCCAAGAUACCUUGCACUUCUUGGCCUUGCAUAAUUUUUUUUUUUUUUUUUUUUUGGUUCUAUGGAUGCACACUAACUCUUCAGAGAGGUUUCUUUCUUGCUUUGUUUUAAAAAGUGUGUGCAGAAGAGCUUUCCAUCUUGGUGCAGAAGUGAAAGGGUUGUAUAUUAAAGUGGCAUUUAUUAACAUUAUAUAUGUAACUUGAGUUAAGUAUCAAUUAAAGAGUGAAAACAUU